CUCUCAUUCUCAAACUUCUUGAAUUUUACACACAAAUCUCUGGUGCGAAACUCCCUUCACCGCCCCUCUCCUCCUGGUAACUGUUUAUGAUUUCUCGACUCGUUUUCUGCAAAAUUUGUUAGAAAGUGUUGUGUCAGAGAGGAUUUGGCUAACGAUUUUAUUUUAAUUUACUGAUUUAUGUCCUAUACCAAGUAGUCUAAUCAGCAACCUGAAAAGACGCACGAUCAGUAAAUCGGUCAGAGAAACAUCGAUUCUGUGCAUCCGAAUUACAAAACUUACGAGACAUGGAAAAACCAACCCAACAACGCGAGUUCAAAAUCGGGCAGCGAGUCCAUUGGGCUGGAGACUCGCAGCGAAUCGGCACUGUAAAGUAUGUGGGACCAGUCGAAGGCUAUUCCGGCGACUGGAUCGGGAUCGACUGGGACAAUCGUGACGGGGGCAAACAUGACGGGUCAGUCAAUGGUGUGCGUUACUUCAUUGCUCAGUUCCCCAAGUCAGCUUCCUUCGCUCGCCCACACAAUUUGAGCACCGGUGUUUCGCUAUUGCAGGCCCUAGAAAUUCGAUACCGAACCACUUCUACUAAAGAAGAAGAAGAUGAAAUGUACGUCUUUUCUGCCACCAACAAACGAGUCAAUGUUCAGCUGUUAGGUAAAGAAAAGAUUCAAGACAUACUGGGCCGAUUUGAGGAGUUGCCUGGUGCAUCAUUAUCGUAUUUAGGGGUUAGCUCAUCUGGAGAUCCUCUUCAAAUCAGGAACACUCUACCAAAUCUAAAGGAGCUUGAUUUAACUGGAAAUCUGCUUUCUGAUUGGCAAGAUGUUGAUGGCAUCUGCAGUGGGUUGCCAGGCCUUACAGGACUGAAUUUGACUAACAAUGUAAUGUCACAUGAUGUAAUUGCAAUCUCUCACCUAAAGAGUCUUCGGAUUUUAGUUUUAAAUAAUACUACCAUAAAUUGGUCUCAGAUUGAAGUGCUUAAAGAUUCACUCCAAGUGAUUGAAGAGCUGCAUCUAAUGAGAAAUAAGUUGAGGGAAAUAACGCCUACAUCAUCGAAUAUUGUAAAAGGGUUUGAUUCUUUGAGGCUUCUUAACUUGGAAGAUAACCAUAUAGCUGAUUGGGGUGAAAUACUGAAGCUUUCCCAACUCAAAUGUUUGGAGCAACUUCAGUUGAAUAAGAAUAACAUAGAGCGCAUUUGGUACCCCUCAGCUACAGAUGAACCUAAUAAGCCUUUCCAAAAUUUGCAUUGCCUACUUAUUGGAGGCAAUAAAAUCCAGGAGGCAUCUUCCAUUGAUGCCCUAAACUCUUAUCCUGGCUUAAUGGAUAUUCGGUGCUCUGACAAUCCAGUAACUGAUCCAAGCAGAGGUGGGCUUGCAAGAUUUGUUUUGAUUGCUCGUUUGGCCAAAGUAAACAUAUUAAAUGGGAGUGAGAUUACCCCUCGAGAGCGCAAAGAGUCUGAGAUUCGGUAUGUACGCCUUGUAAUGUCAAAGGUGCAUCAAAAUUUGGAAGAGAUGAAGGCUCUUCACCCAAGAUUCACUGAGCUUAAAGCAUUUCAUGGAAUCGAGGAUGAGAGACCUUCAAAUGGUCCAACAGGGCCUCAAAAAAUGUCUUCUGGACUUAUUGCUAUUACUCUCAAGUGUGUUGGACCAUCAAUUGCUGAAAAGCCUCCUUUAACAAAAAAACUGCCAGCAACCACCACUGUUGGAAAGCUCAAGACUCUCUGCGAGACCUUCUUUAAACUGAAAUAUAUCAAGCCAAAAUUUUAUCUGCAAGAAGAGGGCUCCCCGAUGCCUAUUUUGCUUGAUGAUGACAUGGAAUCUUUGAAUGAUGCGGGUGUCUGUAACCAAUCAACUAUUCUGAUUGACGAAUAGAACUAAAAAUCCAUGCUAGAUAUGUCAUUGUCUUGAUAUUACAUUCAAAUUUUACAUUACAUGUUUUUUAUACAGGAUUAAAUCAUUUUGUAACUCUUAGGAUAACAAUGCAUUGCAUUCUUUCUUUUGUUUUAUUUCACGUUAUGUCAUUAUUAUUGUGGGUAUACACGUUUAA